AUGGACUUCUCUCAAAUUACUAACUCUCUUAAAAAUUCUUUUUGUGAUAAAAAUUAUUUUAAUACAGGUAUCAUUCUUGAUGAAAUGAAGAUCGUUAAGGAAAUUUUAAAAGGUUAUGAAUUGGAAGCUAAACUUAUUAAAUCUGAAACCAUCAACGACCAGUAUAAAAGUUUAAGUAUCACAUAUCAGAAUGGUAUCGAAUGGAUCAAGAUUGAAGAUGUCAUACAGUUAGUCAUUUCAAGUUAUCAUGAUUCUGCUAUUGCUGGACACUGGAGUAAUCGUAAAACUUCUGAAUUAGUCAAGAGAAAUUUUUAUUGGUAUGGAAUGAUGGAAUAUAUCUUAUUUUACUGCAAGAGUUGCAAUGUUUGUUUAUGCGCCACAGAUGAACAUGGGAUUAUACUUGCCAUCUCAUUUACCUGUCUGAUGCUUUAUGGAAAUCAAUAUGGACUUUAUAUCCGGGUUGGAUGCCUGUACUGUUGA